AUGGGGCACAAGGGGGAGAUGGGGCACAAGGGGGAGAUGGGGCACAAGGGGGAGAUGGGGCACAAGGGUGAGAUGGGGCACAAGGGUGAGAUGGGGCACAAGGGUGAGAUGGGGCACAAGGGUGAGAUGGGGCACAAGGGUGAGAUGGGGCACAAGGGUGAGAUGGGGCACAAGGGUGAGAUGGGGCACAAGGGUGAGAUGGGGCACAAGGGUGAGAUGGGGCACAAGGGUGAGAUGGGGCACAAGGGUGAGAUGGGGCACAAGGGUGAGAUGGGGCACAAGGGGGAGAUGGGGCACAAGGGUGAGAUGGGGCACAAGGGUGAGAUGGGGCACAAGGGGGAGAUGGGGCACAAGGGUGAGAUUGGGCACAAGGGGGAGAUGGGGCACAAGGGUGAGAUGGGGCACAAGGGUGAGAUGGGGCACAAGGGUGAGAUGGGGCACAAGGGUGAGAUGGGGCACAAGGGUGAGAUGGGGCACAAGGGUGAGAUGGGGCACAAGGGUGAGAUGGGGCACAAGGGUGAGAUGGGGCACAAGGGUGAGAUGGGGCACAAGGGUGAGAUGGGGCACAAGGGUGAGAUGGGGCACAAGGGGGAGAUGGGGCACAAGGGUGAGAUGGGGCACAAGGGUGAGAUGGGGCACAAGGGGGAGAUGGGGCACAAGGGUGAGAUGGGGCACAAGGGGGAGAUGGGGCACAAGGGUGAGAUGGGGCACAAGGGUGAGAUGGGGCACAAGGGUGAGAUGGGGCACAAGGGUGAGAUGGGGCACAAGGGUGAGAUGGGGCACAAGGGUGAGAUGGGGCACAAGGGUGAGAUGGGGCACAAGGGUGAGAUGGGGCACAAGGGUGAGAUGGGGCACAAGGGUGAGAUGGGGCACAAGGGGGAGAUGGGGCACAAGGGGGAGAUGGGGCACAAGGGGGAGAUGGGGCACAAGGGGGAGAUGGGGCACAAGGGUGAGAUGGGGCACAAGGGUGAGAUGGGGCACAAGGGUGAGAUGGGGCACAAGGGUGAGAUGGGGCACAAGGGGGAGAUGGGGCACAAGGGGGAGUUGGGGCACAAGGGGGAGAUGGGGCACAAGGGGGAGAUGGGGCACAAGGGGGAGAUGGGGCACAAGGGGGAGAUGGGGCACAAGGGGGAGAUGGGGCACAAGGGUGAGAUGGGGCACAAGGGUGAGAUGGGGCACAAGGGUGAGAUGGGGCACAAGGGGGAGAUGGGGCACAAGGGGGAGAUGGGGCACAAGGGUGAGAUGGGGCACAAGGGUGAGAUGGGGCACAAGGGGGAGAUGGGGCACAAGGGGGAGAUGGGGCACAAGGGGGAGAUGGGGCACAAGGGGGAGAUGGGGCACAAGGGUGAGAUGGGGCACAAGGGGGAGAUGUGA